CUGGGAGUUUUCUCUCCACUAACUCGGUGAACUUUUCGGAUAAAAAAAAAAAAAGAAAUCUGCUGGAAAUUUAUUUUGUGUUUGUAGCUGUCGCGUCUGUAACGCAAGGUACCGGAAACUACUUUUAAUAAACGCCGUAUUACGGAAAAGUUUUUGCGAGAAGAAAUGGCUGCAGUUGAAGUUAUGCCAAACCAGAGUGUGGUGGAGAGGGUAACCAGCCUGCCUCUGGUGAGCUCCACCUACAGCCUGGUGUUCAGCGUCUACUCCAACACCAAGGACAACCACCCUUACAUCAGGAGCGUGUGCGAGGCCGCCGAGCAAGGGGUCCGCACCAUCACCUCUGUGGCCCUCACCACAGCCUCGCCCAUCAUCGGCAAGCUGGAACCUCAGCUCGCCAUUGCCAACGACCUGGCCUGCAAAGGUUUGGACAAGAUCGAGCAAACCCUGCCAAUCCUCCAUCAGCCUCCUGACCAGAUUGUUUCCAGCGCCAAGGAUGUCGUAACCACCGCCAAGGGUGUCGUGACGGGGAGGGUGUCUGGAGCCAAGGGCACCGUCUCCGACACUCUGAGCACGGUCGUGGAGAAGACGCGGGGCGCGGUCCAGGACGGCGUGGAGAGGACCAGAGCCGCCGUGAGCGGGAGCGUGAGCACGGUGCUGGACAGCAGAGUGUUGCAGCUGGUCAGCAGCGGCGUGGACACGGCGCUCAGCACGUCCGAGAGCCUGGUGGAGCAGUAUCUGCCUCUGUCGGAGGAGGAGCUCGAGCUGGAGGCCACAGCGGGGAGCGGCUUUGGCGGUAAAGAGACCAGCUACUACGUUCGCCUGGGCUGCCUCUCCACCAAGCUGCGCAAGAGAGCGUACACCAGGGCCGUGGCCAGGAUACGAGAGGGCAAGGAGCGCAGCGUGGGCUUCAUCUCCGAGCUCAACGCCACCGUCGACCUGAUGGAGUACGGCAGAAAGAACAUCAGCAGCGCCAACCAGAUGGUCAACAGCAAGCUGACCUCGUUGGUGCCGUGGAAAUCUGGCAGUUCGACCCAGGAGAACGGUCACCAUGCGGAGGUAAUCGAGUCCCGGACCUUGGUCCUCGCCCGCUCCCUCACCCAGCAGCUCCAGACCACCUGCCUGGUCCUGGUCUCCGGCCUGAAGGGACUCCCCAACCACAUCCAGCAGGAGGCGCUGUCGCUCAGCCACUCGGCAGCACAGAUGUACCAGGGUUUCAGCCGAGCCAGGGUGCUGGGCGACCUGCCGGACAGCGCGCUGGCCAGCAGCCGGGUGCAGCUGGACAAGAUGAAGGACUCCCUGGACAACGUCAUGGACUACCUGAUCAACAACACGCCCCUCAACUGGCUGGUGGGUCCCUUCUACCCGAGGAUGAACGCCCACCCGGAGUCCUCCAGCAGCGCACAGCCCGCAGAUGAAGGCUCCUCGCUGACUCGCCCGCUAACCGAGGAGCCCAUGGAGGUGGAGAUGGAGUCGCUGCAUUCCUAACAGCCACGCACUCCAGAUUUAGAUUUAUUAACACUGAACUCUUCCAAGUCUCGGUAUUUAGGUUGAACAAAAAUUGCUUUUUUUUUUUUAUUUACCCCUUGCAGAAAUCACCCUGUGAUGCUUUUGCCCGCAUGAAUGCCUUCAUUGUCAAGCCACUAAUCUUGAUGCCUUCAUAAAAUCUACCGGAACCAUGAA